AUGCAGUACGUUCCUUUCGCCUCCGACAUCGAGAUACCUUUCUACGCCUCCCUAGCGUCGCACAAGAUCAACCAUGACAAGCUCGACGACUCGGCCCGCAAACUGCUGGGCCUCUAUGAGAUCCGUCCCGCGGACAACAAGGAGCAUUCCUGCCGCAUGCAAAUCCAUGCCAAUGCGCUGACGAGCGACGAUGUACCCGCAGGCUUCUACCGCGCAGAGGGUAUGAUCAAAAACGUCAACACGAUUGAAGAGUACCGCAACAUCGAUAAGCUGGCAAUGAUUCAACAGGCCGGCAAGACCAUCUGGGAUGCCAUCAACGACGGCACCAUCUACUCGUGCCCGAGUCUCCUGGCCUCCUUCUUGGUCCUCAGUUUCGCAGAUCUCAAAAAGUACAAAUUCAACUACUGGUUUGCGUUUCCCGCUCUCGUCAUGGAUCCGCCCUGGGUACCCGUGGCCGCUAGUGGAAGCCUCGCAAGUUCAGAGACCGGCAUCCCGUACAGGAAGUUGACCUCCAUUGAGAGCACAAAUCUGGUUGAUCAUGUCCAGACCUGGAAGUACGGCGUGGACUCGAGACAGCAUGGGUUUUUCCUGGUCAAAAAGGCACGGGAUGCUCCGCUAGAGCUUACUUCUAACAAUCCCGGCGACGACGACUUUGGGCCUACUUCUCCACAGUCACCUCUUACCCCAACUGCAAGUCUUGGAUACACGUGGCAAGUGGCCUCGUUAUCGAGUUAUGACACCGGCUUCUUCGACGGCGCUGACCCCGAAGACUGUUUUGUCGGGUUUGUCGAUCCGUCCAACUACACCGAGCCGGGUCCCGUGGCGCCAGGAUGGAUGCUACGAAACCUCCUAGUCCUGGUCCGGCAACGGUGGAAACUCGACAAAGUACAAAUCCUUUGCUACCGGGAAACGCAAAUGCGACGGGACGCCGCGCGGAGUGUCAUCCUUAACAUGGAGAUAUCCAGACAGCCGUCGAAAACCAACAGCGGAGGAAACGCAGCCCAACCCCCAGAUUAUUCACAGACCAUGCCCAAAGUCGUAGGCUGGGAACGAAAUGCUCUGAACAAACUCACUGGCCGCGUGGCCGACCUCACUGAAUACAUGGACCCGACCAAACUCGCCGAUUCAUCCGUUGACCUCAACCUGAAAUUGAUGAAAUGGCGCAUCUCGCCUAACCUGAACCUCGAAAAGAUCAAGGAGACCAAAUGUCUCCUGCUCGGCGCCGGCACGCUCGGGUCAUACGUCUCGAGAAAUCUGAUGGGAUGGGGAGUCAGACAUAUCACGUUCGUGGACAACGGGACCGUCUCGUUUUCGAAUCCUGUGAGACAGCCGUUGUUUACGUUUCAGGACUGUCUCGAUGGAGGAAAGCAGAAAGCCACUGCUGCAGCGGAGGCGCUCAAGACAGUAUACCCCGGCGUUCAGUCCUCGGGCCACGUAUUGAGCGUGCCUAUGGCAGGACACCCGAUCACAGACCCGGAGAAGACCAAAGCGGAAUACGACACAUUAAAGAAGCUAGUGGAUGAACACGACGCAAUCUUCCUGUUGAUGGAUACACGAGAGUCGCGAUGGUUGCCAACCGUCAUGGGGAAGGCAAAGGGAAAGAUCGUCAUGAACGCCGCGUUGGGCUUCGACACAUAUGUGGUCAUGAGACACGGUGUCCAGGCGGUUCCUACCCUGCCCGGCACGCAGAGAGAGGCCGCGCAGAAAGAGAACAAGGGCCAAGGGGAACUAGGCUGCUAUUUCUGCAACGACGUCGUCGCGCCGGCGGACUCCAUGAAAGACCUGACGCUAGACCAGCAGUGCACGGUGACGCGGCCGGGCAUCGCAGCCAUGGCCUCGGCCCUGCUGGUCGAGCUCUUCGUCUCCAUCGUCCAGCAUCCACGCGGGCCCGCCGCGCCAGCCUCGCUCUCCACCGACCACGGCCGGGGCGACGACCCCCAUCCCCUCGGCAUCGUCCCGCACCAGAUCCGCGGGUUCCUAGCCACCUUUUCCAGCAUGACCAUCACGGGAACGGCGUACACGCACUGUAGCGCCUGUUCCGACAAGAUCCUCGACGCGUACGACGCCGACGGCUGGGCCUUUGUCCAGAGGGCCCUCAACGAGAAGGGCUACGUCGAAGAGCUUAGCGGCCUGAAGGAGGUGCAGAGGCUGGCUGAGGAAGCGGCCAAGGAUAUCGAGUUCAGCGACGAAGAAGGCGUCGAGGGCGCCGAGGAUGAAGAGGGGGAAUUGAUUUGA